AUGAUUAUGAUGCUUGCUGCAUUCGAACAACAGACAAAAUUGUCCCUGGACAAAAUUGAAAUGGCAUUCAAGCGCGAUGGCUAUUUAUUCGAUGAUGAAUUCAAGCAAUUUUUCAUGCGGACUUCAUACAGCCGCAUCGGGGAAACUUAUGAUGUAUUCAAAAUCAACUCGGUUAUAAAAAACAAGAUCAACGCUAGUGCCGAUUGGAACAUGUUGGCAACCGUUGGAUCAGCUAUGGUGAGCUCGACUCGAAGUUUUGAUCGAAACUUUAUUCAACAAGAAAUCAAUGGACCAGUCGAAAUUAUUGACACAAGCGAUGAUGAAGAUCGAACAGAAAGUCAGGUUAAAUUUGAAUUAUUUGAAGCGUUGCCUGCCCUUCCUGAGUUGGAUGGUGUUGAUCAAUUUGACGAUGGAAACUACACUGAAAUAACAAAGAAGCGAUUCAAGUGUGAACUCUGUGAAUAUUCCAACAAUCAAAAGAAGAACUUAAAUGUUCACAUGCAUACUCAUACAGGUGAAAGACCAUAUCAAUGUGAUAUUUGCCGCAAAGGAUUCGGAAGAGCGGAGAUAUUGCAGAAGCACAAAGUGACUCACAUCGAACAAAUUCCAUUCCAUUGCCGCGGCUGUUUCAGAGGAUUUUCACAGGAGACCGAAAGAGAUGGACACGAAAAAUUGUGCAAAAGACGUCGAUAUGAAUGUCAUAUCUGCAAGAAGUUUGUCAUUGCUGGUAUAACUCUGUUGAAAAGGCAUAUGCGAAAACAUAACGGCGAAAAACCGUUUCGAUGCGAGAUUUGUAUGAUGCGUUUUACGCAGAAAGGAAAUCUGAAAUCUCAUUUGGAAACUAUUCACACCAGAAUCAAGAUCAAGUAUGUGUACGAUGAAUUCGAAAUCAGUUCAAUAUUCGAGGAUGCGAGCACGCCAGCAACUGACGAAUAUCCGAAUUUAUUUCAUACUCCAAGUCAUGAUAUGAACAAUUCCCAACGAACAACCAAUGACCCAUUUGAAAUCAUUGAUUCGAGCGACGAAGAGGAUCAACCAUCGAAAAUGGAACGUGCCAUUCGGUACGAUGGCCAUGAUAUUUCACAUCAAUCAAACGAUUAUGUUGAAUUUGACGACGAUGGAAGCUACACAGAAAUGUCUGACAUGAAAUCAAACUUGUUUGAUUAUCAAGGGGAUGUUUCGAAAGACAGAUAUGUGGAUGUUGGUAUUAGGAAUGAAAUGGAAAACGCAAUGAAAGCGGAGGAAAUAGAAUUGGACGAUGGCACUCUGAUAGCUGCCAUCGAUUUGCACCCUGCUAUGAAGAUAAUGGGCCAAAACACAUCAACUGUCACUUUGAGCAAUGAAUCAAGCAACGGCGGUGGUGCCAAAAAGAAUAGCAUGACAGCAAGAUCUUUUGGUCGUCCAAGAAAACAGGCUAAAUCCGGCUCAACGCUAAAAUCAUUGCGAAAAAAAAAGCCAACUUCAUCAAACCCGAUGGGUACGAAGAAGCGAUUCCAGUGCGAACUUUGUGAAUAUUCUAGCAAUCGCAACUGGGACUUCAAUAUACACACGCGUACUCAUACAGGUGAAAGACCACAUCGAUGUGAUACAUGCCAUAAAGAAUUCACGCAGCCAAAUCACUUGAAACAGCACAAAGUGACUCACACAAAGGAAUUUUUGUUCCAUUGCCGUGGCUGUUUCAGUGGAUUUUCACAAAAGGCUGUACGAGAUGCCCACGAAAAAUUUUGCAAGAUGCGAUGUUAUGAAUGCCAUAUCUGCCAGAAGUUCGUCACUGUAUAUAAAGCUAAGUUGAAAGAUCAUAUGCGAACGCACAACGGUGAAAAACCGUUCCGGUGCGAGAUUUGUAUGAAACAUUUUGCAUCGAAAACAAAUGUGAAAAGACAUUUGGACACCAUACACAUCAGAAUCAACGCAUAA